AUGACAGGCUCCGAGCCUGAAGACUCCUCGAUCACUCGAGUCUAUGUCUCGGGUUUGCCGCCGUCUAUGAGCAAGGAGCAACUGUGGUCACAUUUCGCAGGAAAGUAUACGGUCACAGAUGCUCAUGUUAUCCCAGACCGCCGCAUAGGCUUCGUGGGAUUUGCGAGUCAUGAGCAGGCUAAAAGUGCAGUCCAGUACUUCAACAGGACUUUCGUUCGCAUGUCAAAGAUCUCCGUAACCCUUGCCAAACCUGUACAGGUCAAGCGCAAUGAAAAAGGCCAGGCCGUUCCUGUCUCCGACCGUGCUUCGAGAAAAAGAAAGCGUGACCCCCGAGACGAUGGCGAAGCAUCUCAGCACCCCUCAGUAGGACAAUCUCGGAGACCUGCCAGCGGUGUUCCACCAGACAUGAAAACUACCACGGAAGCAGUUUCUAAAGAGAAGGACGGUUCCUCGGAUGAGACUGCUCCGGAGCAGGAGCAAGAAGAAGCCAUCGCAGAAGAAGCUCCCAGAUCUGAUGCUGACUGGCUUCGUGGAAAAACAAGCAGAACAUUGGGUUUGCUCGAGGAAGAUGAAGAUGCGAAAGCCCGCCUGGGCCCUGCAGGCAAUGACGGGCUAAGAUCGAAUGCAUCAGAACCAGUGGAAGAUGUCAAGGCCAGCCAGGAUACAGCAGAGGCAGGAGAUGCUGAAGAUGCAGACAAUCGGACGCAGCCGUUAGUGCCAAACGCUCGACUGUUCAUCAGGAAUCUUCCGUUCGACACCCACGAAGACGAUCUCCGGAAAGUCUUUUCGCCAUAUGGCAGAAUUUCAGAAAUUCAUUUAGUGACCGACACCAGGAAAUCCACCGGGAAAGGUCUUGGGUAUGUUCAGUUUGUGGAGCCGGAGCAUGCAGAGCAGGCUCUUCUUGAACUCGAUGGAAAGGACUUCAAGGGCAGACUGAUGCACAUUCUCCCGUCUUCGGACAAGAAGAUACAAAAGCUCACUGAAUUUGAAAUCUCGCAGCUGCCUCUAAAGCAGCAAAGAGCGCUGAAACGGAAAAAUGAUGCCUCCAGUUCGACUUUCAGCUGGAACUCACUCUAUAUGAACCCAGCUGCUGUCCUGGCGUCGGUGGCCGACCGCCUAAAAGUCUCCAAGUCGGACUUGCUUGAUCCUGCUUCAACCGACGCAGCCGUAAAGCAAGCUCAUGCAGAGACAAGCGUGAUCAAGGAGACAAAGGACUACUUGAAGUCUAAUGGAUUGAAUCUUGAUGCUUUCAAAAAUAAAGCCCGCGAUAGCCAAACGCUUUUGCUGAAGAACUUUUCUUUCGGGACCACUGCAGAAGAACUCUCGCAAAUGCUUGGUCAGUACGGUACAAUAGAGUCCCUGCUCUUUCCUCCAACUGGCACCAUGGCUGUCGUUCGGUACCGGGAAAGCAGCCAAGCAGCUUUAGCACUUAAGCAAUUGGCGUAUCGGAAUUUGAGGGGUUCUAUACUGUUUCUUGAGAAAGCGCCGGCAGGUCUCUGGGACGGUACAGAGCCUAAAACAAGCACCGACUCAUCGAAUCUUGCUGGGGAUGAUGCGAACAGUGGCGCUCUGGGUACCACAUUCACGGUAUUUGUGCGCAACCUGAAUUUCUCAACAACGAGCGUCAGAUUGGCUGAAGCAUUUAAACCGCUUUCGGGCUUUCUCUCUGCGAAGGUGAAAACAAGGACUGAUCCCAGCCGGCCGGGCGAGGUGCUCAGCAUGGGCUUUGGUUUUGUCGAGUUCCGCACCAAGGUCCAAGCAGAAGCUGCCAUCGCCACAAUGAAUGGCAAGCGACUGGACGGGUACGAGCUCCUGGUGCAGACGUCGCAAAAGUCCACUGAUCUGGGAGAGGAGAGACGGAAGGAGGAUACGGCAAAAAAGGUCGACUCCACAAGGACGAAGAUCGUCAUCAAAAACCUCCCCUUCGAAGCCACCAAGAAGGAUGUUCGUGCUCUGUUUGGUGCAUACGGUCAGCUGCGCACUGUCCGGAUGCCCAAGAAAUUCAACAAUACAGCCAGAGGUUUUGCCUUUGCUGAAUUUCUUACGGCCAAAGAAGCAGAAAAUGCCAUUGAGGCUCUGUCUAAUACCCACUUGCUUGGUCGGAGGCUUGUUCUGGACUUUGCAGAAGGCGAAAUCCUCGACCCAGAAGCCGAGAUUCAAGCAAUGGAGAAGAAGAUCCAGGGCCACCAAGAUACGUUGACUCACCACAGGAUGACAGGUUCAGCCCGGAAGAAGUUCAACGUUGGUGCAAGAGAAGAUUUCGAUCCUCUUUGA